GGUGGUGUUGUUGGGGAGGGAGCUGUGGCUAGGGAUAGAGUUGUGGAGUUGUUGUUGUUGAGGAGGAGGAGGAGAGAGAGGGUGGCGGCGAUUGUCCCUCUCGUCAACUCGCAGUGACAACAAUGGCGAGGCGGACGGGCGCGUGAAAAUCCCAGGACGGUGGAAAUAUUUUUAAUUAAUUUUGUGGUGGGAGCCCUUUUGUUGUGAGUUUGCGUUAAACGAUGAUUAGUCGGGAAAUGCGUUUGGACGGAAGGAGACGUCGCAUGCUUCAGGCGUCUUUCCAGCGCUCCAACAGCCACGACAAGGUGCGCCGCAUCGUCGCCGAGGAGGGGAGAACGGCACGGAACCUCAUCGCAUGGAGCGUCCCGCUGGAGAGCCGCGACGAGGAGGGAAAACUGAAGCAUCUGUCGGCGCAGUCCCGCCGGGCGAAAAGCGCCAACAGCGCUCAUCAGCAGCUCGCAGGGAGCCCUUCGAAGCCCGGCAAACGGCAGCCCGAUGGUGGGGAGCGCAAAGCUGGGCAGCUGCUGGGCGGCGGCGGCGGCGGUGGCGGCGGCGUCGGCGGCGUCGGCGGCGGUGGCGGCGGCAUCUCCGAGAAGAUCCCGUGCAAGCCGAGGCCUCCCAGCAAGGCGGACCUGCGCGCCCGCUACUGGGCCUACCUGUUCGACAAUCUUCGGCGGGCGGUGGACGAGAUCUACGUGACCUGCGAGACCGACCAGAGCGUCGUGGAGUGCAAGGAAGUACUCAUGAUGCUGGACAACUACGUGCGAGACUUCAAGUCCCUCAUCGACUGGCUGCACCUGCAAGAGAAGCUGGAGAAGACGGACGUCCUGGACAGGCCGACUUCGCUGGCGUGGGAGGUGCGCAAGAUGUCGCCGGGGCGGCACGUGGCGCCGAGCCCGCCGCCCGACCGCAUCACCUCCGUCACGGGCACCAAGCGCAAGCUCACCUUCCCGGCGGCGCCGGUGCACAACCCGCACUUUGCUGGUAGACUGAGCAUACUUAGCUCCGUGGGGUCGAGCUGGGCGGACAAAGUUCGAGCCAGUCAACCGGGCGCGGCGCAGGCGCCUAAACCCGGCACGGACCCUAAAGCCGGCGGGCCGGAGCGGACCCAGCAGCCGCAGGAGAGCGCGUCUGCGGCAGACGGCGACGGCUGGGAGAUGGUGCAGAGGGGCCGCCCUUCCAAGUCCCGCUCGGCUACGGCGCUUGCCAAGGCAGCUUCCGGAAACGCCUCCGCAAACGGCGGCGCCGGCGCCGGUGGCGGCGCUGCGUCAGUGCCAACGACAAACGCGCCGCCGCCGGCCGGCGGACAGCCCGGCGGCGCCGCGGGCAAGGCCAACGCGUCGGCGUCGUCACGCAGAGACGUCGGCAACAAGGAGAACCGCGACUUGGCGCCGAGGAGUGCGAGGCCCAACGCCGGCUGUGUCGGCGGUGGCGGCGCCGGAGGAGCCAAGGCUACCGCGCAAGCGGACAUGAAGGCGCGGCGGGAGAGAGCGGCUAACGUAUGCGGUGUUGGUGGUGGCGGCGGCGGCGGCGGUGGUGGUGGCGGUGGCGGCGGUGUUGGUGGCGAGGAUGUGAAAGUGUCCAGAAUCAUUGCAUCAGCACUCGAGAAUCAGGGCAGUGAUGUGGGACCAGCGAUCAUCAGUGAAGAGAAAGAGGAGCGCGAUGAGCCGCCGCGUCCCGGCGACCCGCCGGCCGCCAGCCAGACGACGGUGCCAGCGGAGACGCUUGCCGACGAGCACGGAGGGCGCGGUGCCGAAGACGGUGGCGCUGGAGGCACUGGAGGAGGCGGAGAAAGUGGAGGAGGUGGAGGAGGAGGUGGAAGCGAAGAAGGUGGAGGAGCACUGCCGGAGAGUGAAGAGGUGGCGCCCAAGGACGCACAAGUGGUGCUGACGUCCACCGAGCUGCAAAACAGCAUGGCGGCCGUGCUGGCGGAAGAGGAGGAGCUGGCGUGCCGGCUGGAGCGGGAGAACGAGGAGGCGAUCGCCAACGCCAUCGCCGAGGAAGAGCAGCUGACGCGCGAGAUCCUCGACGAGCAGGACCUGGACACGGCCGGCGAGACGGACACGGAGAGCGAGCUGUCGGCCAGCACGGCCACCAUGUCAUCGCUGAGCCUACCCUUCAACCUGGAGGGACCUCUGAGCAACAUGGAUUGGAAUGACAUCAUGGCAGAGUAUGAGGCCCGCGAGUCGUGGCGGCAGACGACGUCGUGGGGCGACAUGGUGGAGGACGAGCCGCCGCGGCCACCGGGCCACGCCAUCCAGAUGCACGAGAAGCUGUCGUCCCCGUCGCGCAAGCGGACGAUUGCCGAGUCGAAGCGAAAGCACGAGGAGAAGCAGCUGAAGGCGCAGCAGAUCCGGGAGAAACUGCGGGAGGAAAACUCGCUCAAGCUGCAGAAGCUCAUGGAGAGGGUGAAGGAGGUGAGGAAGUGGAAGGAGGAGCUUCUGGAGCAGAAGCGGAGGAUCAUGGAGGAGAAGCUGCUUCGAGCCGAGUACCAGCGGGAGCUGCAGCUCCAGGCCAUCGUCAAGAAGGCGCAGGAGGAGGAGGCCAAGGUUAACGAGAUCGCCUUCAUCAACACGCUGGAGGCUCAGAACCGCCGGCACGACGCUCUCUGCAAGCUCAAGGAGUACGAAGUUCGGCUCAACGAGCUUCGCGACGAGCGGCACCGCCGGCAGGAGGAGAAGCAGGCGCGCGACGAGGCCGUGCAGGAGCGUAAGCGGGCGCUGGAAGCGGAGCGGCUGGCGCGCGUGGAGGAGCUGCUGCUCAAGCGGCGGGAGCAGCAAGCGCGCAUCGAGCAGCAGCGGCAGGAGAAGGAGCGGGCGCGUGAGGACGCGGCGAGGGAGAGAGCCAGGGAUCGCGAGGAGAGGCUGGCAGCUCUCAACGCUGCACAGCAGGAGGCCAUGGAGGAGCUGCAGAAGAAGAUCCAGCUGAAGCACGAUGAGAGUGUGCGGCGCCACAUGGAGCAGAUGGAGCAGCGCAAGGAGAAGGCGGCGGAGCUGAGCAGCGGGCGGCACGCCGCCGUCGACGUCCCGCCCAAGCUGACGCCCUACGAGCGCAAGAAGCAGUGCACGCUGUGCAGCGUCUGGAUUUUGUCGGAGGUGUACCUGUACAGCCACAUCCGGGGUAAACGGCACGCGCAGGCCGUGCGCGAGCACAGCAGCAUCACGGGCCGCGAGCUCUCCGACGAGGAAGUGGAGCACCUGUCGCUGCGUAGGUACGUGGUGGAGGCGGCGUUGGACGCUCCCGACCCGGCCUGCCCGUCCGCCGAGAGGGUGCGCGACGAGGAGGAGAGGCUCAAGGCGAAGAAGAGGGCGAAGAAGUUGCGAGCGCGCAUGAACAGCCGGGCCAAGGAAUUCGAGGCCUCUCUGGAUGGAAAGGUUCAAGUCCCGGAGUCGGCCUACAAAGCCAAGCUCCAGCGUCUGGUGAAGGACAUCAACAAGCAGCUGCAGAGCCACGAGAGCGGCCCGUGGCCCAACAACAAGGUGCUGGCGCUUGACAGGGCCCUCGGCGAGCUCAUGCGCAUUAUGGAGAAGCAGAACCCCGCGGACCAGGUGGCGUUCCAGCUGAGCGGCGGGUUCGAGAGCCUCGGCCAAAUCCUGCAGGUGAUCGCGUCGGCCAGCUCGCCCAACACCAUCACGCGCAUCCCCUUCAAGUCGCUGUGCCUGGCGGCGAACGCCUACUGCCUGGCGUGCCGCGACUGCGCCGACAACUGCCACUACGUCCUGUACAGCAACAAGAUCGUCGCGCUCAUCGAUCUGCUCUUGCAUCACCUCGCCGUGCUAAUCCCGGUCGGAGACGACGCCGGGGGCGACGGCGCCAGCGGGAGCGUCAACCGCCAGGUGUUUGAAGGCCCCUCGGGCUCCCUUCUCCGCGCGUGCGGCGCGGUCAUCGACGGCGUCGCUCGCAGCAUCGCCUCGGCGGCGGCCGGAGGGUCGGACGGCAGUCGGCCCGCGACGCCGCGUAAGACCCCGGCAGGCGGCGGAGGAGGAGGAGGAGGAAAGGAGGCGAGGCUGUCAUCGUCUUGCUCGUCGCUGUCCUCCUGCUCCGGAGCAUCGACGGGGCACAGGGAGGGCAUGUGCGGGCGCGCGUCGGACCUCGUGAGCUACAUGGUCCACGCUGGCGUGGCCGAGAAGCUCUGCCGCUGUCUACGCUCGGUGCAGGGCUCCGUGGACGACCAGCCGCGCACCUCGGCCUUCCUGGCCCACGCCGUGCACCUCCUGCGCGCCUCCUGCACGCUCGCACGCCUCGUCGCGCCCAGGUCUGGCGGCCAGAGCCCGUUUGACACACGGAGGCCGGACGGCACGGGCCUGGCGUCGGUGCUGCGCCUCACGGAGGCGGCCGGGGUGCUCAACCUCCUGUACUGCACACUGCUGCACGGCGCCGCCCCCGACCGGGACGCGGCGGCGGCGCCGGCACCGGCGGGGACGGGGGCGGCCGCCCCUCCGGUGGCCGCGACGACGGCGGCGGCGUCGUCGGUCCGCGCGUCGGCGCAGGAUGGAUACCCAGCGCACACGCUGGGCGUCGCGCUCGAGGGGGUGCGACUGCUCAACAGCUUCGCCUUCCUCGACCUCGCCGCCUUCCAGGAGGUGGUGGGCUCCGAGGGCCUGUCGCUGGCGUUCCGCCACAUCGCCAGCUCGCUGCUGUGGUACUGCUCGCACACGCCGUGCACCGAGCUGCUGCACGCCGUCAUCGUGUGCGUCGGGUACUUCACCGUCAACAACGCCGACAACCAGACGAUCGUGCAGUCGGGCCGCCAGCCGACGGUGCUGCAGCAGCUGUGCCUGCUGCCAUUCCAGUACUUCAGCGAGGCUCGCCUGCGCCGGGUGCUCUUCCCCACGCUGCUGUCCGCGUGCCACCGCAGCCCCGUCAACCGCAGCACGCUGCAGACCGAGCUCAGCUGCACGCUGCUCACAACCUUCAUUCAGGAGACGAUCCAGGCUGCGUCUUCUACCACACGCAAGUACCCAGACACUGGCGGCGAGGACGACCUGGACGUCUACAGCCGCUUCCCGCAGGAGCAGUGGGAGGGCGCGCUGCGCUUCUUCAGCGACGGCGCGGGCGACGCGGCGAGCGGCGACCCGGCAAGCGGUGGCGGCGGUGUCGGCGCACCGCCGCACUGCGAGCGCUGAGUUCACCGCCGGUCCCACCGGCGACGGUAGAGUCUUGGAUCCGGCCUCGGUGGAACGCAAGAGUGUUGUCGGCCUUAAAUUAGUAUCUGGUGCGGUGCGCAAACGUUGUCCCUGGGGAGACAAAGACGGCCGGGCAAGUGGGCGUGGGGCUGGCCACACCACCCCCGUUUGUAUGCUGUGCCACCGCCCCAACCGUGCCUAGGGUUGCCACCUGUCCUGGUGUUUCCCAGGAUCGUCCUCUUGUUUGGGCGCUGUCCUGGGAAAUCUCUUAAGUCUUCCCCGGACGCCAAAAGUCCAGUUUGUGUAUUUGUCAGUUGCGUAAGAAGACAACACCACUGCAGUACACAACGCAUUUCUGUAAGGCUCAACCAGGGCACCUGUAUCCUCACUCGCCUGCACACCCACACGCUCGCCUACCCACUCACCUGCAUACCCGCCAAUUCCACUCGCCUACACACUCACUCACCUUUGCAGUAGUUCACCUCUAGGGUUGGCCACCUGUCCUGGUUUUCCCAAGAUCGUUAUUCCCAUGUUGUUGAAGCAGCCUCUGUCCCGGGAAAUCUGUCCCGUCCUUCCGGAAACAUUGAGAGUCCACGGUUUUUUUGUUGUCAGUUGUGUCACGAUACCGAUAAUAAUAGUUCGACCGCGGUGGAGAUGACGCGCUCACAAGUAGUUCCCACCUCUUCCGGCAUUUUGCGACCAAUUCUUGUUGUUGUUUCCGAUUGUACGUGCCGGUGUUUUUGUUCAUUUGGUGGUGGCAACCCAAGGCUAGAAUGCCGGGCAGGGCAUUUAACAGCGCAGCGUCCAAUAAAGCCCCCGCUCACUUGGGAACACGACGGCCGGCGCCAGGGCACCGCUCCGUAGCCUGGGUCGGGUCUCUGUCCCCCGUGUGUGAGCGUGGGAGAAUUCGUUAUAUUCCCGCUCGGGGGCGAACAUCGGCGAAUAUCCGAGCCGCGUCUGGGCCUCCCCUGGGUCGGCUCAGCAUUAAAUUAGUACCUGAUGAGGCCGUGCAGUGAACAGCACCACUCGGGGGGGAGGCAAAGGUGGCCAGCCCGCUCCCCGCGUGCGCCGUGCAGGCCUUCAUAGGUGCUGGCUACCAGCGCUUGCCCCAAUGGGCCGUGUAGGCUACACUGGGAAUCUUUGUAUUUGCGUAAGGUCAACACGGCGGUGUGUUGCGACUGCGCGCCACGUCACGAACCCGCGCUCCCGAGUUCGAUUCCUGGCCGUGUUGCACCGCACGGAGGUUUGCAUUUAAAGUCCGAACUUGACCCCAGCUGCGUCUACGCGGACUCGGCCUAAAAAAGCAAAAAGAGAGCGGCCGGUGCGGUGAACCUCGGAGUAGUCGUGGAGACGGCGGUUCGGUGCGUGCGGUGCCGGUGACGACAUCACAGCCUCGCACGCGCCCUGCGGGGACUUACCGGUGCCUCGCUGACGGGGCAUACCUUCACGUGUACACACGCGUAUACACGUGCGCGUCUACACACGCGUGUACACGUGCGCGUGUACACCCGCGCGUGUACACCCGUAUACGCGUGUACAGACGUGUACAUGCAUACACACGCGUACACAUGUACACACGUGUACACACGUACACACGCUGUUCCUGCUCCCAGUAACUUCCCUGCAGCGACGUGACGGCCGCGUGGUGGAGGCGGCCUGUGCCGUUAGCGAGCCGCAUGCUGUGGGGGGGGGGGGGGGGGGCCCUCUGCGCAUUUUUCUCGGCGCGAGCAUUCGUGGUUACAGCAAGCCAGUAGCAUAACAAUACCUUAGCAUAUUUAUCAGAGUUAAUUGCACUUUAACAAACAAUUAAAGGGGGGCGAAGGGGGGCGAAGGGGGGGUCGUCGUUUUGUUGAGCGUUUGCGGUAAGUAAAAAAAAAUAACCCCCGAAUGGAGCCGCGUUUUGUGACGCGCGGACACGGCGGUAGCAGCGGCGGCGGCGGCGCCCUCCUCUUACCCAGCGUGCCCCCCUCCUACCCAGCGUGCCCCCCUCCUACCCAGCGCGCCCCCCUCCUACCCAGCGCGCCCCCCUCCUACCCAGCGUGCCCCCCUCCUACCCAGCGCGCCCCCCUCCUACCCAGCGUGCCCCCCUCCUACCCAGCGUGCCCCCCUCCUACCCAGCGUGCCCCCCUCCUACCCAGCGCGCCCCCCUCCUACCCAGCGUGCCCCCCUCCUACCCAGCGCGCCCCCCUCCUACCCAGCGCCCCCCUCCUACCCAGCGCCCCCCUCCUACCCAGCGCGCCCCCCUCCUACCCAGCGCGCCCCCCUCCUACCCAGACCCCAAGCCCAAAUCCGUCCCAGCGGCCCCGAGCUCUCUUACGGACGCCGUCUCUUUCGUUGUCGGCAGCGCAGUGACGCGCCGCUUCUGGAUACCGCCGGGAAUCCUUUGAACAAACUCUUCCCCUCCAUCUCGACUUCUCGUCGUUAAAACAUUCAUUCAUUCGUGGCGCUGCCGAAAGUUUAGACGCCUUGCUUCUCGGUCCGUGCGUGUUGUCCAUCAUUUGAACACGACCCGUGGCUUCCAGUUAAAGGGAUUCAUUUUUUUUCAUAUUACUGUGAUGAUAAUGAGCGGGGCUGCACGGAUUUUGGCAUCGCUCUUGACGGAUCGCUCCGUGCGCCAUGGGAGGGAUCGGUGUCGAGUGUGCAGGCGGUGCAGCUGCACUGAGCCGUACGUGACGGAGGGGGGGGUGAGGGGGUGAAAGACACCCCUCGGAGGGGGUGGACAGCCCAAUUCCAUUCCUUGCACCAGGGCCCAUUCUAACCACGCUACUACGCACGCCACCGAUAUGAACCCAUAGGCAAACAUCGAGAGCCAUGGACCGACGUAGAGAUCAAUAGACAGACACGGAAACCCAUAGACUAACACGGAGACCCAUAGACUAACACGGAAACCCAUAGACUAACACGGACACCCAUAGACUAACACGGAGACCCAUAGACUAACACGGACACCUAUAGACCAACACGGACACCCAUAGACUAACACGGACACCCAUAGACUAACACGGAGACCCAUAGACUAACACGGAAACCCAUAGACUAACACGGAGACCCAUAGACUAACACGGACACCCAUAGACUAACACGGAAACCCAUAGACUAACAGGGAGACCCAUAGACCAACACGGACACCCAUAAACUAACACGGAAACCCAUAGACUAACACGGACACCCAUAAACUAACACGGAGACCCAUAGACUGACACGGAGACCCAUAGACUAACACUGACACCCAUAGACUAACACUGACACCCAUAGACUGACACACACCCAUAGACUAACACGGACACCCAUAGACAAACACGGACACCCAUAGACGAACACGGAGAGUCGUGUAGUUUUGGAGUCUACAGGCCCUGCAGCUGCACGCGUUUGCCGCGAGGAUGGAUUCCUUCCACGUGCUCCAAACGCAGGAGACACGUGCUAGGAGGCACUUGUUGUACAUUUUUUUUCGUCACCUUAUAUUAAUAUAAUAAAGCUAAUUUAACAGAUUUGAGCGACUGAAACAAUCUCCAGAGGCUUCUGAACAGAUGUGCUGUUGUUGUUUGUACACGUGUAUGAAUAGCUUAAGAGAUGUUUCAAUGUAAAAUAAAACAAUGGCUGCAGUGUUCGUUAUAUCGAA